AUGAAAUACCCAUACAUCCCUUCUCCCAGUAAAUUCGGUCGAUAUGCCGUCCUCUCCCCUGAGACUGCCAUGAAAAUCUAUCCUACGCCUUUACCUGUCCCUGUCCAUAUCCCACGCCCAUCAUAUGUCCCCAGAAACUUCUUUACCGCUCCAUGGGGAGAUCAUGAGCUACCAAACAAUGAAGAUGAGGUGGUUAGAGGUGUGAGACUUGGGACAGAGGAGGAGAUAUGUGUGAGAAGAGUUGGGAAGAUGGCAGGAGAGGUUUUGAAGUUGAUAGGGGGUUUGAUACGUCCAGGGAUCACAACUUCUCAGAUCGAUUCUGCUGUACAUGAAGAAAUCAUCAGACUAGGGGCUUAUCCAUCUACUUUGGGAUAUGGUUUAUUCCCGAAGAGUUGUACGACUUCAGUGAACAAUGUGAUUGCUCAUGGUAUACCAGACGACCGUCCUCUCCUUUCGGACGAUAUCGUCAACCUCGACCUCACGAUUUAUCUAAACGGUUGGCAUGGGGAUUGUUCACGUACUUUUCUCUUACCCUCAGUGGAUGAACAAGGUAAAGAAUUGGUUCAUGUAACGGAAGAAGCUUUGGAAGCCGCUAUCGGAAUAUGUGAACCUGGUCGACCAUAUCGUGAUAUCGGAAGGGUUAUACAAGACCUGGCGGAGAAACAUGAUUCAAGCGUUAACACUCAAUUUGGUGGACAUGGAAUUGGGAAAUCUUUUCAUCAACCUCCAUGGAUCUUACAUCAUCGAAAUGAUGAACAAGGUGAAAUGAAGAUUGGUGAUUGUUUCACCAUAGAACCACCUCUGGUACAAGGUUCAAGAUCUAAGGGUACGUUAUGGGAUGAUGGAUGGACGAUGAGUACAGAAACCGGAGCAAGAUCAGCUCAAUUCGAACAUCAGAUCUUGAUCACUGAUCGUGGGGCGGAUGUCUUAACUCGAUGAUGAUGCCUUCUAUCUCAUGAUCAUAUGCCCAACUACCACACUCCCAUAUGACAAUUACUGUAUGUUCAACAAGUCGGAAAUGGACAGACGUGAUAGGUGUAUGUAUAGCUAUCUAUAU